GCCUCCCAGCCUGGACAUCAAACACGUCAUGGGUUUGUCUGAGCUGAAGAAAAAAAUUCCAGAAGCUGCAUUUGGGAAAAAAAAUUACACCAAGAACGAAGUGUGUUUCCAGGGCGUGUUCUCCAGCCUGUACGAGGUUGAAAUCUCCCCCAAGGACCAGGCCCGGCUGGACCUGCUGGUGCAGAGCCUGAAGCAGAAGGACCUGGCCAUCAUCAAAUUCCUGCAGGAGCGGGGAGUGCUGAUCCUGCUGGCGUCCUCAGCCCUGGCACGGGAGGAAG